AUGUUGUUGUUAUGGAUCUGGUGCCUGGUGUUGUUGGUGGUGUUGUGGCUGUACCUCAGACGGAAGUAUUCGCAGUUUUCUGAUUAUGGAGUGAGACAUUUACGCCCAGUCCCACUGCUGGGCAACAUGACACGGUUAUUGUUUCGCAUGGAACACUCUACCGACUUCAUAGACAGAAUGUAUAAGGCUUUCCCCAAUGAGAGAUUUAUUGGACUAUACGAAUUUGUAAGCCCAGCGGUGAUCGUGAAGGACAUCGAACUACUCAAAAAGAUAACCGUAAAGGAUUUCGAGCACUUUUUGGACCACAGGGCCAUGAUUGACGAAAAAACGGAUCCGUUCUUUGGGAGGAACUUAUUUUUUUUAAAAGGUCAAGAAUGGAAGGACAUGCGAUCAACUUUGAGCCCAGCAUUUACCAGCUCUAAGAUGAGACUUAUGCUACCAUUUAUGGUAAAUGUGGGUCACCAGAUGAUAGAAACACUCAAAAAGAAAAUCAAGAAUUCAAAAACAAAUUACGUUGAUGUGGACUGCAAAGAUCUGACCACAAGAUUCGCAAACGAUGUGAUCGCGUCAUGUGCUUUCGGCCUAAAAGUGGACUCUUUAGUAGAAGAGAAUAAUGAUUUCUACAAGAUGGGCAAGGAGGCUUCCACCUUCACCUUCAAACAGUUGCUUCUUUUCUUUGCUGUUGCUAAUUUUCCGAAAAUAAUGAAGAUUCUGAACAUCACUUUUUUCUCGGACACUGUGACGAAUUUCUUCAAGCAUCUUGUGUUGAACACUAUGAACGAACGGGAAUCCCAUCAGAUCAUCAGGCCGGACAUGAUCCACCUGCUCAUGGAGGCUAAGAAAGGAAAAUUGACUCAUGAAGACAACACUAUAAAUGGAGCUGAUGCUGGAUUCGCUGCAGUAGAAGAAUCAAACGUUGGAAAGAAUAAUGUGAACAGAGUGUGGACCGAUGAUGAUUUGGUAGCUCAAGCAAUUAUAUUCUUCGUCGCUGGUUUCGAGACCGUCUCAUCAGCUAUGUCGUUCACACUCCACGAGCUGGCAGUCAAUCCUGACGUACAGGACGUGUUAGUCGCUGAGAUCAGGGAGAAUGAGAAAAAGAAUGGUGGCAAAUUUGACUACAACUCCAUUCAGAAUAUGGUGUAUAUGGACAUGGUUGUAUCAGAAGCUUUAAGGCUCUGGCCAGCAGCUCUAGGAUUGGACAGAGUAUGCACCAAGGAUUAUAACUUAGGAAGAGCUAACGACAAAUGUGAUAAAGACUAUAUCAUCCACAAAGGCGAAGGCAUAUUUUUACCUAUCUGGUGCAUUCACCGUGAUCCUCGGUAUUAUCCCAAUCCUAACAAGUUUGAUCCCGAGAGGUUUUCAGAGGAGAACAGACAUCGGAUCCAGCCAUUCACGUAUUUGCCAUUCGGGGCUGGUCCUAGAAAUUGCAUCGGGUCAAGAUUUGCUUUGUGCGAGGUGAAAGUAAUGAUCUAUCAGCUCCUGCAGCACAUAGAGAUCUCUCCCAGUGAUAAGACAGCUAUUCCAGUGAAACUAUGCAAAAACACUUUCAACCUUAAAAUCGAAGGGGGUCACUGGGUGAGGAUGAAGAUAAGAGAAUAG